AUGGCGGCGUCGGUUUCCGGGGCCACAAUCUGCCUUCAGAAGCCGGGCUCCAAAGGCAGGAGGGCCAGGGAUGCGACCUCCUUCGCCCGCCGAUCGGUCGCGGCGCCGAGGUCCCAGCACGCCGCCAAAGCGAGCGUCAUCCGCUCCGACGCCGGCGCGGGACGGGGCCAGCAUUGCUCGCCGCUGAGGGCGGUCGUUGACGCCGCGCCGAUUGCGACGAAAAAGGUAUAUCUUGCAGCUCUUAUAGAAACUGAAUUCGCGAGGCACGCAAUUCGCGAGAGCAUUUUGUUGGCUGGAUACAUGUUGCCAUGGCAUGCAUGGCCGCAUGGGUACGUAUAUAGGGUUACAGCAUCUUUGGUCCUUGUGAGUACCUUUGGACGGCUAAGCCCAAAUUUUACUGAUCCAAGCAAAACUGAAGCUAUGGUUCAGUGGCCAGUGACUGGAAAUGAUGUCAAGGAGCUCCGGUUCCCUGAAUUAUGUCUAGAUCGUUUACUCGACCAAAUUAAUGACUAA